AUGAACAAGCGUUUUGAUUUGCUUGACGAGAAGUUUGAAACCCUGACCGCGAACCAGUUGGCUCUGACAAGGAGAGUGGAUGAGGCGGAGGCACAAGGCACAGACCACGAGAGGCGCAUUCAAUCGCUUGAACAAUCCCUGGCUGAAGUACGCCAAACAAAUAUGAAGCUGCACUCUAAAUUAGACGACUUGGAAGGACGUUCAAGACGCAACAACAUUAAGAUCGUGGGAAUACCAGAAGGAGAAGAAAAGGGGAGACCCACAGAAUUUGUCACAAGUCUGAUUCCAAAGCUACUCGAACAAGGGAAUCUCGCAAAGCAGGUGAUAGUGGACCGCGCGCACCGGGUACCAAUGCCAAGAGCCACCAGCACACAGCGCCCGCGGAGCUUCAUUGCAAGGAUUCACUUCUACCAGGAGAAAGAGAUGCUGCUCCGACUGAGUCGACAAAAUCAACUUGUGUACAACGGUGCACGGAUCUUCAUCUACCCGGAUUACACAGCGGAUGUCAUGACACAAAGACGAGGCUUUCGAGACGUAAUGCAAGCGCUACGGGAAAAAGAGGUGACAUUUAUUCUGCGCUUUCCUGCUAGACUCCAAGUGAACUACGAAGACCAGGUAAAAGUUUUCAACUCUCCUGCAGAAGCGGUGGCUUUUAUAGACCGACUGCAGAAGUGA